AACUACUGUCAAUACCCAACUCCAAACAUGUCAGUGCAAAUAUUUAAUGAGCAGGCGACAGAAGAAAGAGCUGAAAAUGCCCGUAUGUCGGCUUUUGUAGGUGCCAUUGCUGUUGGUGACCUUGUCAAAUCCACAUUGGGACCUAAGGGGAUGGAUAAAUUAUUACAAAGUUCCACUAAUCCUGAUGCUGCCCUUGUUACCAAUGACGGAGCUACCAUUUUAAAGUCUAUUCCAUUUGAUAAUCCAGCUGCCAAAGUCUUGGUCAAUAUUUCCAAAGUUCAAGACGAUGAAGUUGGUGAUGGUACAACUUCUGUUACUGUUUUAAGUGCCGAAUUAUUAAGAGAAGCUGAAAAGUUAAUUGAGAAAAAGAUUCAUCCACAAACUAUCAUUGAAGGGUAUAGAAUUGCUAGAACCGUAUCUAUAGAAGCUUUAGAAAAGCAUGCUGUUAACAAUGGUGACAAUCCAGCUUUGUUUAGAAAUGAUUUAUUAAACAUUGCUAGAACCACCCUUUCCUCCAAGAUUUUAUCUCAAGAUAAAGAAUUAUUUUCAAAUUUGGCCGUCGAUGCUAUCUUGAGAUUGAAAGGUUCCACCAACUUGAAUAAUAUUCAAAUCAUCAAGAAAGUCGGUGGUAAGCUUUCUGAUUCAUAUUUAGAUGAAGGUUUUAUUUUAGAAAAGAAGUUUGGUAUUAGUCAACCUAAAAGAAUUGAAAAUGCCAAGAUUUUAAUUGCCAAUACUUCAAUGGAUACCGACAAAGUUAAAAUCUUUGGUGCUAAAUUCAAGGUCGAUUCUACUUCUAAAUUAGCUGAAUUAGAAAAAGCCGAAAAGGUUAAGAUGAAAAACAAGGUUGAAAAAAUUAAAAAGUUUGGUAUUAAUGUUUUCAUCAAUAGACAAUUAAUUUACGAUUACCCAGAACAAUUAUUUACCGACGCCAAGAUAAAUUCUAUUGAACAUGCCGAUUUUGAUGGUAUUGAAAGAUUAGCUUUGGUUACAGGAGGUGAAGUUGUCUCUACAUUUGACAAACCUGAAAAUGCCAAGUUAGGUUACUGUGAUGUAAUUGAAGAAAUCUUGAUUGGUGAAGACUCUUUCCUCAAGUUCUCCGGAGUAGCUGCCGGUGAAGCAUGUACUGUUGUUUUAAGAGGUGCCACUGACCAAGUUCUUGACGAAGCGGAAAGAUCUUUGCAUGAUGCAUUAUCUGUGUUAUCACAAACCACUAGAGAAACCAAAACUGUGUUGGGUGGUGGAUGCGCUGAAAUGUUGAUGGCUAAAGCGGUUGACCAAGCUGCUGCCAAUGAAACCGGUAAGAGAGCCUUGGCCGUGGAAGCAUUCAGCAGAGCCUUGAGACAAUUACCAACAAUAUUAGCAGACAAUGCUGGUUAUGACUCCAGUGAAUUGGUGACUAAAUUAAGAUCGUCCAUCUAUAACGGGAUUUACACUUCAGGGUUAGAUUUAAAUAACGGUACCAUUGGUGAUAUGAGAGAAUUGGGAAUAGUUGAGUCUUUUAAAUUAAAGAGAGCUGUUGUUUCUUCGGCUGCUGAAGCUGCUGAGGUCUUGUUACGUGUUGACAACAUCAUUCGUGCUAAACCUCGUACUGCUGAUAGAAACCACUAAUUGUAUAUAUAUACACCAGUAAUUUAUAGAUCAUGGAAAUAUAUAACAUCGGUAGAAUUGU